AUGAAGAUCGAUCCAGAGGAAAGUUCCCUGCUUGAUGAGAUUGAUCAUUCCUGGAGAAAUCACUCCCUUUACUGGCUCGAGGCUCUAAGUCUUAUGAGAAGUUACUCUGUCGCAGUGUUAAGCACAGCCAAUGUCAUCGAAAUUCUCAAGAGUGCCCUACGACGAUUGUUUAAAGAUGAGGAGCCUAAAUGGAUUACUACCAAACCAGAGAUGGAGCCGGAAUGGAGUGCCUGUCUCCAGACUCUACAAACCGAUAAUAAGAUUCUCUCCGUCGAUUGCUCUCCUGAUGGGAAGCUUAUAGCAGCAGGAGGGCAAGAUCGCACUUCAGUCGCUUUCUUGCACAAUAAUCAUCAGAUUGCGUCGGGUUCGGACGACUUAACAAUCAAAAUAUGGGAUGUUCGGGGUGGCGAUUGUGUCAGAACACUUGUGGGGCAUACUAAAAGUAUCGAAUCAGUCAUUUUAUCUCCGGCACGCAAGAUUAUCUCUUGUGAUGGUGAUGGCAUAGCCAAGAUCUGGGAUUAUGAACGCGGUCUGUGCCUCAAUACUAUUGACACCCAUGUCGAAUAUUCUGGAUUAAUUGCCUUGUCACCCGAUGGUAAUCGGCUAGCAUGUGGAUAUGGUGUUAUCAAAAUCUGGGACAUCUGUCGUGUUGAAUGUCUUCGCACGCUUGAAGGAUUUAUUGGCUCUAUUAGCGCAAUUAUAUACUCCUCCAAUCGCCAGAUCAUCGCUGCAGAGACUUUGAGCAUCAUGAUCUGGGAUGUUGAGAGUGGUAAAUGUCUGAAAACCUUUGGACGAAUUUACCAGGUCUACUCACUCGCAUUUUCCAUUGAUGACCAUAUUUUAUCCAGCAGUACUGACGGGCGGAUCGAAGUCUGGAGCCCCAAAAGUGAUGACGCUCCAAAGAUCCUUGUAGGUCAUACCGAUAAAGUCACUUCCAUGGCUCUUUUACCUAGCGGCAAGGUCAUAUCAGGAUCCGAGGAUUGUACCGUCAGGAUCUGGGAUCCUAGAGGCACUUGCAGUAGCCUUGAGAAUCAGUAUCACGGUGGUUCCAUAUACAAUCUUGAUACUUUUCCCGAUGGCCAUGUAUCAUCGACAACCAGCGAGGGAGAGAUAAAGAUCUGGAGCCCCAACGGAGCCUUGGAAAGAACCCUUCAGGGGAGCUAUUCCUCUAUGGUUUGUCUCUCGUCCAAAGGCCACAUUCUAUCGGAAUCUAAUGGUAGAGUUGACCUUUGGAAUGCCAACGGAACUCAUAUUAGGACUGCUCAGAAUCCCCAUCCGUAUGUGAAGUGGGUUGCUUUCUCUCUGGAUGCCACGCAAUUUGCAUUAGGUUCCUAUGGUACGAGCAUUAAUAUCUGGGACACUAGCAGUUGCAAGCCCUUGGAACAGUCCCCUGAGUAUGACCGACAACAUUGGUCGCAAUUCGAAACAUUCAAAGUCCUGCACCAUUAUGUUAUGAAUUCUCAGAAUAGCUGGGUCACCUGGAAGGGACAAAAUGUCAUUCUUGUGCCAUGGGAGUACCGUCCACUGGUUCAACUGGGGCGUCAGGUCAAAGAGACACCAACUGGCCUUGCCAUUGCUUCUUACUCACGUCGAGUAUUGAUAUUCAACUUCUCAGCAGUUGAAUUUCCGCCUUGA